CUUGAGGUGUUUGCUUGCAGUAGGCCCAGACAUGGCCAAAGUUUUCGCAGUUGUAGCACUAAAAUGUAUGAAUCCUGAGGCAGAUGAAAAUUACCACAUGGUAGACUCGUACAGUGAUCGUCAGGUUGACAGAGACUGGAUAAGAAGGUCAAAUAGAGACAGGGAUUCAAAGUUGGAUCGUUAUCAUGAAGAUUACCGAUAUAAGGAUGACGACCGUUACCCAGAAGAUGAAGAUGAUGAGAGAGAGAGAUAUGAUUAUGAUGCUAACAAAGGAAGAUACCAGAGGUAUGAUCACAAAAGGCAUCCUGAUCUAACCAGGAAGGGAAGUAGAGAAGAUUUUGACAGAAGAGGGCAAGGAUCACAGAACUGUCGUGUGAGAGAUUCACGUGAUGGCAGAGAAGUGAACAAAUCAAGAGAUAUGAAAGUUUCAAGAGAAAUUAAGGUUUCACGAGAGACUGUGAGGGAAGGGAGGGAUGGGCGAUCAAGAUUAAGUGAUAUUCUAAGGGAGAGAGACUAUAUGGAGUCAAGAGAAUCAAGAGGUGGAAAAGAGUCUCAAGCAAAACCACAUGGUGGGAGAGAUUCAAAGACUCAUGAUAGGGACAGAGACUGGGACAGGAAAGAAAGGUGGAAUGAACAAGAUGAUGACAGUACAGACAGCUUGGAGCCCCCAAGUGAUAUGUCUAGGGUGAGUCGGAAUGUCCCAGGAGAUUCAGAAGCAGAUAAUUAUAAAUAUGAAACACCAAACAAUACAAUCAUGAUUAGAGGCUUGGCACAGCACAUUACAGAAAAUGAUAUUCGACAAGAUAUCUUGAAUUGUGGACUGAUGCCAAAAGACAUCCGACUUAUAAGGAAGAAAGAUACAGGUGCAUCACGAGGCUUUGCUUUCGUCGAGUUUAACACGCUCCAGGAAGCCUCUCAAUGGAUGGAAAUGAAACAGGGUAUAUUGAUGCUUCAAGAUCAAUAUCGAGCUGUCAUGCAUUUCAGCAUUCCAAAGGAAACACAGAUUGAAAGAAAUGCUCAGAAGUCCAGUCAGGACUGGAUUUGUAUUAAGUGUGCUGCACAUAAUUUUAAGCGAAGGGAUGUAUGUUUUAAAUGUCAUUCCUCUCGGCAAGAAUCAGAAGGUGGAGAAGGGAGUGCCGAAGUCAGUAUGCAGCCAACUCUGACUGUUCUGUUGCGUGGACUGGAUGUUCUAUCUACUGAAGACUCAGUAUUACAAGCAAUUAAAUCAAUUUCUUCUGUUCCGAUACGAAGUAUUCGCAUUGGUCAAGAUCCUCUCACCAACACUUCACGAGGGGUCUGCUAUCUGGAGAUGAAUCAUGUGAUGGAUGCUGUUUAUAUGCAUAAUGCAUUAGUGGCAAAUUCUCCAGUUGUGGAUGGGAAGAAAGUGCUGGUGUCAUAUCGAAAGGCGGUACAGAAUCUUCAAGGUAGCACAACCACAGCAGGAAGACUGGACACAGACUCACUACCACAGCAUUCUGCUGUUGGAGAUUUGACACAGUACACACUUGAGGACAUCCCCCGUCUUGCUGAUUACAGUGCUUCUUUAUAUGCAACAUCACCUGCAGAGUACACAGCAUAUCAGCAAUAUUACCAGCAAUACUACCGCACUCAGAUAUCACAGGGCAGUGCUAUCACCUUGCCUUCACAGUCGCAGGCAGAUUGUGUCAAUGCUGCAGCAGCUGUAGCACAGUCCGCAAUUCAACAACUACAAGCUGCCAAAGAAAUUAAGAAGCAG